AUGGCGGGGGGCACGGGCCAGGCAGCGACGCAGACUACGUUCCGCAAUCCGUCGUCGACGAUGGCUUUAGUUCUUACGUCACAAAUUCAGUUUUUAGCAACGCUGUCGUUCGUGGACAAUACGGGAGCGGAGGAUUCUGCUCUCUCUGGGUUUACCAACGCCCUCAGGUGGGUAAACUUGUGGCCAAGCGAACGCUUCUCGGAGGUUGUUGCAUCACGGAUCUUUUCGAGCAACCCCGACCAAACCCAUGGAGAAGAUGAUGGUGACGAUGAUACAACAAAGCGAGGAAUGUCCGUGUCAUUCACCAACGACCUCGGCUCUCUGUUGUUCAUGGGAAAUCUUGCGCUUUUUGCGGGUCUUCUGGCGAUCAUAUUUUCCUUGCAUAUCUUGGUGGCGUCGGCAAUUGAGGCGCACUGGCUGGCAAAGGUGCUCUACCCGGUGCUGAUGUUUGCAAUGGUCACGCGAACUCACAGGGUGAGGGUUCGAUCGGAUGCCCUCAUUGUGUUCGUGUCCAAUGAAAACCGCGUAACCUCUACGGGCAAGAAAGAGUUUUUCUCUAAACUCCUUGCUGGUUCGAGAAAUGAUUUGAGCUUAUUUACUUGGGCGGACAAGGGACAGUGGGAGACAGUCCAAACGUCGGACGUGAAUGCAAGGCGUGAUGCUGAUUGGUUCCGGAUCGGGUUCGAGCCCUUGUUUGCCGACUUCACCCAAGCUGGAUCGUGGUUCAUUCUCUACACAUUGAUGGAGAUACAACCCGGGUGGCAAGUCGCCAAACCUGGAAGGAUAGCCUUGCUAGAAGUACCAAAUGUUACGAUCACUUUCACCGGAGCGCUCACGUGCAAGCGGGGGAACUUUGAGGUUUCUUUGAUGAAGGUGUUUACUCUGACCUUUUACGACGCGCACCAGGACGCCCCUCCUCAAUGUAUAGCUCUUCGCGGCGUCAGCGAGAAAUAUGCUCUUCCAGCCUGA